AUGGCCACUCAAGCCCCCGAGAACGUCGCACUAAAGCAGCUUCAGUCCGAACAAGCCGAGCUGCUAAAUACCAUCGACCGUCUCGCAGAGCUCGGGGUCCGAGAGAAAAUUGAGCUACCCCAGGUAGUUGUUUGGGGUCGUCAGUGGCGAGAGAAGGACUUAAUCCCAGGAAUUCUCUCCGGAAUUCCUUUUCCGACCAAGGGAGAUGGCCCAGCAUCAUUCACUACAGAAAUAUCUCUCCGCAGACACCCCCACCCGCGCUUCAGAGCUGUGAUAGAACCGAGCCUUUCUCGAACGGUGGAGGUCAGAAACCGCUUGCAAGCGUCUAGUCUAAGGGUGUUUACGUCCGAGGGAGACCUUUGGCUUGUCUACGAAGAAGUAUUCAAGUAUCUGAAUUCAACGGGAACCAUUACGAUUGAUGAUAUUUUGAAGGUUGAGAUUUGUGGCCCGGACAAACCGAAUGUGACGAUCGUUGACCUUCCAGCACUACACUUGUCGACAACUAGCGAUGGAGAUACCAAACAAGACCUUUCUGUUGCCAGGCAAACCGUGGAGCGUUAUAUGGGCAAUCCCAAUAGCAUCCUUCUUGCAGUGACGAAUGCAUCUAAUAGACCGAAAACCAUCAGAACCGCAGAGAAGUUUGAUCCCAAUCUCGAAAGAACAAUCGGCAUUAUUGUACACCCUGAUGUGAUCGAGCCAAGCUCUGAUGAUGAGGAUAAAUGCCUUCAACUUCUUUGGGACGGAAGGGCAAAGUUGCCACUUGGGUGGCAUGCCAUAUCGACUGUAGCGCAGCAAGAUCCAGCCGGUGAUCCAAGUGGCCAGGUGUCUGAUAAGCCCCAUGUUGGGAAGUGGGCUGAGCUCCCCCAAGAGAUUGUGGGAUUUGAAAGCCUUCGACGACGCGUUAGUCAAUUACUCCUGGAGCGAACUCAACAUAAUCUGCCCCAACUGAUUGCUGCAGCCGAAGGAACGUUAAAAGAGCAACAGGCCAAGCUCACGAAGCUGGGAGUCCGUCUUACAAGUGCGGAGCAGCAGAGAGGAGAGCUACUGCGUAUUGCGUGUGAGUUUGAAUCAACUGUCCGACAAGCCCUGUGGGAAACUUACAACACGAUCAUGACAAUGCCACAAACCGAUAUCCAGGGCUGGGUCCCGAACCCUAUAAGGCAAGUUGAGCUCGAAAGAGAGAUCAACGACGAGGCCCAGCUUAUCCAGGAGGUCGGGAUUAUGAGCUUCGGAGACCACUCUGUGGUCAGGUCGUUGUUUCAAGCUCAGGUGCAACCUUGGCUAAGCCUGGCACGAAAGCACCUGAGGACUGCGUCCGAAGCUGCAACUGAAUUCUUGAGUCUUCUCUUGCAACACAUUGCCCCUAACCACAUUGGCCGAGGGAUCUAUCAAGAGAUCAUUUCACAGGCUCUUGAACGAAUCGAAUAUGAUCUAACUGAAAAACUGACUGAACUGAGCUCGCAUCACACUCGAGCGUAUCCGUCCAUUUCAAGCAAAACCCUCCUUGAUUCAUCGCAGCGACUCCGCAAGCACCAAUCUCAGGGUUCUGAAACUCGUGGCGCUCAUCUCAUCCCAUGUGGACUGUCUGAAGGGUUCCCCAGAAAUCAAUACGCUCUAAGGAUCAUUGAUUUAGUGCAAGCGUACUACGACUCUGCGAUGAUGGUCUUUACAGAGAACAUCGCCACGCUGGCCAUUGAGAAUCGUCUAUUGCUGCCUCUAGAGACUAUUUUCAGUAGCAAGCUGGUCUGCGGGAUGGAGCAGGAACAGAUUGAGCGCCUUGUUUCUGAACCAGCUUCAUUUGACGACGACAGACAAGCACUCAAGCUUGAAAUCAAUACACUUGAAGCUUGCCCGGAGAUUUGCCGAAGAUACAUCAAGCCUGUGAGCUUGCUCAAACACCAACGUAGCAAAGGAAAACUGACAUCCUCCUCCCAGACGUCGGUACUGAGCGUUUCCCCCGACAUCGAUCGGCCUGCCCUAGUCUUUGUGCCGCAGAAGAGAGGGAUGGAGGAGACACUGACAGUGGGUAUGCGGCCGCAACAGCGAGCCCGCCUGGACGGGAACGGGGACCUGUCUGAGUGGGUUCGAGUCGUAUUCGGGCACAUCUGGAAAGUCGCCCCUAAGAAGCGUUUUGGACCUGGCCUUUGCGCCGAGUCCCACUCAAAAGGAUGGUCAAGAAGCCUCACCACCAAGCACGCUUGGCUUUGA